UGGAUCUGGUUCUUUUGACAUGUAAUGUCCUAUAGCAGGGAUUCCCAACCCCCGGUCCGUGGACUAGUACUGGGCCACAGGAUGCCAGCAACUGGGCUGCACAAACAAGCAAAGCCCCAUCUGCGGGAUGCAGGCAGCUCACAAAACCAUGCCCCCUCCAUUCCGCAGAAAAACCUCUCUCCACGGAACCGGUCCCUGGUGCCCAAAAGAUUGAGGGCCUCUGCCCUAUAGCGUCUGUCUUGAGGGAAGAAGUUGAAAUGGAGCUUGCCAAUUAGGUCAUAAAUGUGAUUUUAUUACCUUUUUUGCUGUGGUUGUAAAGCAAAUGUGGCAGUCGUUAAGAGAACCCAUUGUUGGCUCUAGGGUAUUUUGCUGAAAACCGGGAAUAAAUGCCAGUUUUCGGUUAAAUGGUUGUAAACCAUGGUAAAGUGCAGACGGUCAUAAAUGAGGGCUAGUUAUCAGUUACUCAAAACUGGUCACAUGGCCACAGGAGGGGUCCGGCCAUCAGAACUUCGGAACUGGGUCAUAAGUAGCUUUUUUAAGGGGGGCGGCGGGAGGUGUCUGUCUAAUUUUGAAUAGUCAUAAGCAGCCGAUUGUAAGUCAAGGACUACCUGUCGGAAAAACAACAUAGACAUUUUAACAUUCUCUGAGAAAAUCAGACACAAAUUGUUUUUCAUAAAUAAAAGAAAUGAGCAACAGGGCCUCAUGUGCUCCAGAUAUACUAGCAAAACAUCUGUAUUCCCUAGAGAAACUGAUAGCAUCUGCAAACACCCAGAGACAAAAAUAGUUUGCACGUUCAUGUGCUUCAGGUUGCCAGAUUGGGCAUUUUUCUCCUGUAGCUUCCUGCAUGUUUGUCUCCUGUGGCUGGGCAGUGGCAUCUUCAGGAAUAGGUGCAGCUCAAACUGAACUGUCCACUGGAAGGUGGGAGAUCAGGUUUCCAAGUAGCUUACCAAAGCUGGGAUCGCCUUACGGCUUUGCUGUUCCACCUGCAACAUCAAUAAUUUAAUCAAGGCCAUCAUCCCCAUUGUUCAAACACCUGGCAUGCUACGGAAGUCUGGAAAGCAGUGCAAGAAAGGCAACACAGAGCAGCAGAAGGGGUCCCCCAUGGAAAACGGUGUGGUCCAGGAGAUUGGAGGCUCUCAGCCCCCUGCAGAACGGGGAAGAGGUGCUCCCAGCCAGAACAGCGCAGCUCCAGGACCGCCCCCACCCCGGGUCCGGCCUCGGCUCAUCUUCCACACUCAGCUGGCCCACGGGAGCUCCACUGCCAAGAUUGAGGGGUUCACCAAUGUUAAGGAGCUCUAUGCCAAAAUUGCAGAGGUCUUCGACAUCUCCUCAACAGAGAUCCUGUUCUGCACUUUGAACACCCACAAGGUAGAUAUGCAGAAGCUGCUGGGCGGCCAGAUUGGUUUGGAGGAUUUCAUUUUCGCUCAUGUCCGCGGUGAUACCAAGGAGGUGGAAGUCACCAAAACAGAGGAUGCUCUGGGACUUACUAUCACAGAUAAUGGAGCUGGCUAUGCUUUCAUCAAGCGUAUUAAGGAAGGUAGCAUAAUGAACCGCAUUCCAAUGGUCUCUGUUGGGGACAGCAUUGAAGCCAUUAAUGACCAAACCAUUGUUGGAUGCCGCCACUACGAAGUUGCCAAGAUGUUGCGCGAGAUGCCCCAGGCACAGUCAUUUACUUUGCGCUUGGUGCAGCCUAAACGAGCUUUUGAUAUGAUCAGCCAGAGGACACGAAGCAGCAAGAGCUCAAGUGAGGGGAAAAUAGGCAGCGGAAAGGAGACACUACGGCUGCGUGCAACGGGCACUGCCACCAUAGAGCAGGCACCAAGUGAGUUUGAGGAGGAAGCUGCUGAAAAAAUGGAUGACUUAUUGGAAAGCUACAUGGGUAUUCGUGAUCUCGAAUUGGCAUCGAGCAUGGUGGAGAUCACCAAAGAAUGCCAGAGCCCUGAAGACUUUGCUCGUGGACUGGAUUUGCUCCUGGGUGAAUUUACCUUCCCAGAAGAGUUUGUCUCAGAGGUGUGGACUGCAGUUUGCAAGAGCAGGGAAAUCUCUUGAGUAGUUUCAGGAGAUCAGUUGGGCAACGAAGGCUGUUUCUUUUUUUCCUUUCUCUACGCUGGCAUUCUCCUUAUCUUGCACACAACAUUUGGGAUUUCCAUCCAGAAUUAUAACCUAUGGCUCAAGGAUGACACCUUUGCAAAAUUUCCAUGGGUCACUUCAGAUAGUAGCACCACAUGCUCUCCUAUUGGGGUUGAAGGAACUUAACCUGUAUGGAGGGAACAGAGAGAUACUACCAUUUGGGGCGAUUACUUCUAGUUAGCAUCUAUACUUGAUAUACAGUACUUCCAGUAGUAUUCCAAAAUACAAUUGCUACAUUGUAGGUCCAGGUUAACAGGUCAGGAUGGCACCUUCUUUGGUUAAGAAAUUUAAGAUGCACUUCUCAUAAUUGCAGAAUAGGUAAUUCUGAAAUUACAAUGCUAGAAAAGACACUGCUUCCUGGCAACCCACCACACUUUCAGUUCAAGCUUCUGGUAAGGAUGGGUAUUGUCAGGCUUCUGUUAAGGGUGGGUUUUAGGCUUUUGUUUAGGCUGAGUAUUUUUAGUCCAGUUUUGUAACUGGAAAGGAUUCAAACCAUCAUUCUUCACAGUGGUUUCUGCAGGGCAUAGUGAAGUAAGUCAAGAGGACAGCCACGAUAGUAUGACACAUGCAACACCCAUUAAAAAAUGGGAAUUUCAAUCCCACAGUUGCAACUACUAUCCUGACUUUUUAACUAUUCUCUGAGGAGACCCCUGAUUCCUUAUGUAUUUUUCUUAGUUAGUGAUUGGUUUUUUAAAAAAGAUAAAUUUCUCCUAAAGACCAGUCUCUUGAGGAAGGUAAGAUUCCUCACCUAUUCUUCCUUUGAUGAAUUGCCCAAUGUAUAAUGGAUAGUCAUUUUGAAGACCCAUUUGGAACGAAAACAACCUUACCCUGCAUAGACCAUUUCAAUUGUUCCUAAUUAGUUUCAAGAGGCCUUUAGAGAACAACUGGGCUACUAAGUCCAAUAAUUUUAGAGAAUCAUUCAUAGAGUUGGAAUGGACAACCUCCUUUCACUAUGCAGAGAUGCAUUUCCAACUCAUAGUUAAUUAACGUCUGCUUGAAUAUAUAUGCAGAAAAAGGAAAACAUCCUAGGACCCUAGGGAGUGAUCAGAAUAUACGAAUUACAUUGAAGUAGUUUAGUUAUAUAAAGUGAAUGAAUGAAGAUGGAAGAAUGAAUCAAAAAGAAGGACCCGAGAAAGGAGUUUGGGUGGAGGAGUGGUCUUGCUGUGAUCCUAAAAAAGAGAGAGUUGAAUUUAAAGCCAAAAAGGUGGUGUAUGAAGUGGUCCAUGGAUACUGGGAACAAGGAUGAUUUAUAAGGAUAAGAAGGUAUGGGGAACAUAUUGGUGUAAAUGAGUUUACACUGUGUUUCCUUUUCUUUUUCUUAUCUUCUGCCGUUACUUUUUUUUUUUUUUUUUGCUAAGCUAUUUCACACUCCUUUUCUGUGCACUAUGUACAAUCCUCUUACCCACUUCAACAAUUAUGUGUGUGUUUUAUAUGCAAUUUUGUUUAUGUCUGUUAGUUUGUUUUUGAAAUAAUUAAAAAUGUUUUUAAAAACUGCUUCCAAAUGUCCUGGAAGUAAUAUUGUAAAUCAAGGGCAUCUAACCUUGGCGAGCCCCAACAGUGCUUUUUCAAGAGGCAACUGGACUUUCUUGUUUUUCUUUGAAGACGUUUUGCUUCUCAUCCAAGAAGCUUCUUCCUGAAGAUGUUUUGCUUCUCAUCCA